ACGCUAAGUAGCUGUAUGUCUGGCUUCUAGCUAGCUAGCACGCUCAUACUUUAUAUUUUUGUCUAGCUAAAUGCGUAAUUUGUAUGACUGUGUGAAUGUAUGAAUGUAGAACAUGUUCUAUUGUGCAAUCUUUUGGCAACUUGUGGAAUUCCGUUUUUAACGUUAACUAGCUAGCAAGCAACGAACUGGUAGCUAGUUUGUUACGAAAGUGCGGUUUCCUUUAUUUUACAAUUAAAAUAACUUUUUGUUAACGUAGCUAGCUAUUAUAGCGAGAUUCUGUAUGCCCAUGUUUGACAGUGCUAAGAACUGUCAUUCAUUUAGCUGUAAAGUAGAGAGUAAUAGCUCAUGCUAGCUAUUAAAGUUGUUUCUAAUGUCACAAAACGAUUCAGAAAGUGACAUUUGGGAAUAUAAAUCUCUCAGGAAAGUAAAGAAACAAGAUGCAUUCGGACCAAAAAAUAAACCUGUUACCGUUAUCAACGGUAGCACGAUAUCGAACAAAUCCUCUGGCAGAGGCAAGAUAAAAAGUCAGGAAAAAACAAAAGGAGAAGCUGGAUGUAAAACCGACGAGUUACCGAAAGCGCAAAGUCAACAGGAAAAAUAUUUGGGUGUUCUGACAUCACCUACUUUGGACGCCACUGCAGUAGAAUAUGGAAAUCGAUCCAGAAAUUCUGAGAAAGAACAGCCCCUUGCUGGCAGGGAGGAAUUCUGUCCCGGCUGUCAAAUGCCAUUUUCUGUAUUACUGGUACAGUCACAACGCUGGCACGUCUCAGAAUGUCUGGAUAUGAUUGGAGUAGACCGUGAAGAAUGUCCUGAUGGCUUUAAGUGUUCUUCAACUAUUCCAAGCCACUACAGGAAGUACAGCCACUACCUGCUUGCUCACAGCCGCGCAACCAAUGACAAGGCCAGCUUGAGCACUGAUAGCUCACAGGAGAUUGUGACCAAUGACCUUACGCCCUCCAGUCAAAACCCCUCCUCCAGCCAAAGUCCCUCCCCCAGUCCAUGUCAAGGAGGGCUAAGUCAAACAUCAACCCCCGCAGGCACAAAUGCCUUUAUGUUGCUAAAAUCUCCUUCUUCACGGGACAUUAGGAAAAAGAAGGGCUGGUCCUCCAUUGCCAAGCAGCAGAAAUCCACAAGCUUAGAGCAGGGUGGUGGAGUUAAAUUGCUACCUAUGGAGACUGGCAGUGCAUCUGGAACACUGCUGGAGGAUUCAAAAAAGGCUGAUCGCUGCUCAUCUUCACAGUCGGUUGUGCCAUCUUCCCUAUCGUCUUCCACCAACAGUGAUGAAAUCUCUUACUCCCCCAUUUCCACUCUGCCCACUCGUAAGUCUCCAUCUCACAGCAGCAUGACUGGUAGUGAAGAGGGUGCAGGGGGUGGGGAUUCUGUAAUGCUCUACAGCGACGUCCUAACCCAGGCUGAGAUGGAGGGCAUCCGCCAGUCGGGUAAUAGAACUGCGGCAGUAAACUCUGACUCCAUGGAGGCUUGUUUUACCUUGUCAUCACCCUGUGGUGAUGAGCUGAAUGAUGACUCAGCAGCUAGUACCUCGUUAGCGCUUCCUGACGAGGCGCUUAACGAGGACACCACACCUGCCCUCACUUGCUCCGUUAGUGGACUGAAACAGGAAAGUGCUGCAGUGGGCUGCAGCGACCACACCCGCCCGAACAACGGCAAGCUGCAGCUACGGUCCCCUCAGAGUUUGGUUUUAGAGAGGUUACGAGAGCAACUGUCCGGCGCAGCCUGUGCAGAUCCCGAGGCGUCUUCAGGCCCCCCGAAAGAGGACGGAGCAGCGUGCGAGGCGAUGCUCUCGGUGACGCUUGGCUCCCCCCGUCAAGCCCGGGCGAGUGUGACGCCCCGGAAGGCGAGGGGCAAGGCGGGUGGGUCGGCAUCCUGCGGACUCAAGCAGACGGACAUCGGGGUAUUCUUUGGCCUCAAGCCCCUGAAGCUUGAGGCCGGGGACGCGGCGGAGGCCAAAGAGAACCUCGCUGGUUCAGCCCCGGUUCCCGGGGGUGACGCGGGGGCACGGGGGAAGGUCAACGGGCGGCAGAGGAAAAGGAAAGCCACCAGCUCAGCCAGCGAGCCCCCGGUCCUGGGAGCCACGAAUGGCGACGCUAACCAGAUCCCGCAUGCUGGGCUGGGGGGGAGGGGAGCAGGGAGGAAGAGGUGGAGGAGAAGAACAGAGGAUGGCUCUGAAACCGUUAGACGCUGUCCCUUUUACAAAAAAAUCCCAGGUACACCAUUUGCUGUGGACGCCUUCCAGUAUGGAGCUAUAGAGGGCAUCAGUGCUUACUUCCUCACCCACUUCCACUCUGACCACUACAACGGCCUGAGGAAGAGCUCCAGCCUGCCCAUCUACUGCAACAGAAUCACAGGAAACCUGGUGAAGAGCAAGCUGAGGGUGGAGGAGCAGUACAUCCACAUCCUGCCCAUGAACACGGAGUGCACUGUGGAGGGUGUCCGGGUCACCCUGCUGGAGGCCAACCAUUGUCCCGGGGCUGCGAUGCUCCUGUUCCUUCUCCCGGACGGUCAGACGGUUUUGCACACGGGUGACUUCAGGGCCGACCCGUCCAUGGAGAGCUACCCGGAGCUGCUGGCCUGCAGAGUGCAGACACUGUACCUGGACACCACGUACUGUAGCCCUGAGUACACCUUCCCCACCCAACAGGAGGCCAUCACCUUGGCCGUGAACAGGGCAUUUGAGCACGUUGCCCUUAACCCCCGUACACUGGUGGUGUGUGGCACCUACUCUGUAGGGAAGGAGAAGGUCUUCCUGGCCAUUGCAGAGGUGCUGGGGUGCAAAGUGAGCCUUUCCCGGGACAAACACGGUACCAUGUGCUGCCUGGAGUCAGAGCGGAUCUGCCAGCUCAUCACCACCGACUGGAAGGCAGCCCAAGUCCACGUCCUUCCCAUGAUGCAGGUCAACUUCAAGAAUUUGGAGGCUCACUUGAGCAAAUACUCAGCAAAGUAUGACCAAGUCCUGGCCUUCAAGCCCACGGGCUGGACGUAUUCCAGCCAGACCGAAGUCGUGCAGGACAUUCAGCCAGACAUCCGAGGAAACAUCAGUAUCUAUGGCAUCCCCUACAGCGAGCACAGCAGCUACCUGGAGAUGAAGCGCUUUGUCCAGUGGCUGCGGCCUCUGAAGAUCAUCCCCACGGUCAACGUCGGCAGCUGGGAAAGCCGCAAGGCCAUGGAGAGGCUGUUCAGCGAGUGGCGCGCAGAGAUCGCCGACAGACCGGCUAAUGGCCCCGCGGCAAAAUGAGCCUGACCAGAGACCAAGCCGCCUCUCACCCGGGAACCCUCCUAUCCCUGCACCCCCAGGGAUCCAUUUGGGAAGACAUCCCUGCUGUAAAAUUUUCAGCUUGAAAAUUGAGCUGGUCAAGCUGGUCUAGCUGGGUAUGAGCUUGUCAACCAGCUAGUGCUGGUAGCUUGUCUGAGCUGACCAGCUGCCAACUGUUUCAAAGCCUAGCUUAAGCUGGUCAAACCAUGUCAAGCUAGGAGCUGGUCUGAACUGGUCAACCAGCUGUUUCAUAACCUAGCUUGAGCUGUUUUUUUUCAGCAGGGAUGUCCACAGCCUGGUCCCUUACGGGGAUGAGAUGAAGGAACAGCUGGCUCGAUGAUGAUGAGAUUAUGAUGAUUCAAUGAUGAACUGUGGCCACAUGUAGCUAGCUAGGCGUACGCUUCGCCGUUCAGACUCUUGAGUCCAUUUCAUUCCACAAGCCCAGCCUGCUGCUUUCAAAAAAUAAAAAUGCUGCUUUUAAAUGUUAAAAAUGAAUGUUAGUCCUGUAAUAUUAGUUAUCUUCUGUCAGAAAUGCACUAAUUACAGCAAUGCAAUAGUAUUACCCUACUAGUAUUACUGCAUUCUCAUGAAUGGUUUAUAUGUUUCAAUUUUAAAUAAAAAUAAAUAUUUACUGAUCCUG